UUAUGGUAAACAACUCACUAAGAGGCUCUCUUUUUCAGGUCUAGCCCAAGAAGUAGAGAGAAGCGUUGCUGGUAAGGAGAACAUUUAUGAUCUGAUGUCUUUUCAUAAGCUAAAGCUGACAAACUGUUAACGUUUUCCAACUCCCUCCCUCCCCCUUCCCAUCUUUCUCCUUCUCUCCUCCCCCUCUCUCUCUCUCUCUCUCUCUCUCUCUCUAUGCUGGUACAGUCCAGACAGCCUGUGCUGUGGGGAAGAUUCAGGUCAGCAUGCGUAAAGCAGCCAAAGGAAAGUGGGAGGAGCUUGGUGAACCACUGGAAUUCCAUGAUUCUCUUUUCAGGAAGAAAGAUCGAGGUAUGAAUAGGGGCUCUUUUCCAAUACGUCUUUCCUUGAUUCCUCACGGCCUCACUCCUCACCUUCUUCUCAAAAUGCGUUUUGAGGAGGAGGCAAGGAGAGAGGAAGUGAGGAAUCGGGAAAAGACGAAAGAAAGAGCCAGGAUGCCAUUUCAGACACAUCCAAAGAGAUGUUUAUCCAUCUGUCUUAUCUUCUGAAUUGAUUGAAUUACUUUCCCAUAUUAACCAAAAUCACAUGUCAGUUAUUCACUCUCUCUCUCUCUGCAGCGAUCUUCUACAGGGAGUGUAUGUUAGUUUCUAAGACAGAGGUCACACAUGACACAUGGGUGUUCCGGUUACAACUCCCUCUAGGGACGCUCAUGCACGUGCCUGUUGGGAAACACAUCUACCUCAAGGCCCUCAUCCAAGGUAAGGGCUAGCCUAUAGAUCCAUGCUAAUGCUACAUCUGGGCUAGCGCUAAUCCCAUAGCAGCCCAUGUGGUCCAUUGCUAGUGCUUAUGCUAUCCUACAUGUGUAGACAGUGAGGUGGUGAAGCCCUACACGCCGGUCGAGGAAACACUGGUACCAGCUACACAGGACUCUACACAGGGGACCGCAGCCACUGACGUCUUCCUCAUGAUCAAAGUCUACCCAGAUGGAGUGUUGACUCCACACCUAAACAACCUCAACAUCGGUAAGUCUGAGGCCACCAGUAACCCUCCCGGUUACAGCUAAGUGGGUUGAUCAAAUCACAUUUUAUUUAUCACUUGCGCCGAAUACAACUGAUGUAGACUUUACAGUGAAAUGCUUGCUUACGAACCUUCCACAACGAUGCAGAGUUUAAAAUAACAAAUAAAUAAAAUAAUAGUGACUAACACAAGAGGAAUAAAAUAAAACACACAAGAAUGGAGCUAUACACAGGGAGUACCAGUACCAGAUCAAGGAACUUGAGGUGGAUAUAUACAUGAAGGCAGGGUAAAGUGACACGGCAUCCGGAUAGAUAAUAAUAAUAAUUAAAAAAAUAAAGAAAUAUAAGGUUGUUAGUGAGUGGGUUGUGUGGGUGCGUGCGUGCGUUUGUUUCUGUGUGUGUAAAUCGAUGUCUGUGUUCAUGUGCUGUGUGUUCAUAUGUAAGUGGAAUAUUAAUAUAUAGAGGUCAAGUGUAUUUGUUUUAUAAUGGGCUACUACUUCAUCCUAGCCAUGUGUAGGCGUAGGCUGUACACAGAGUCAAUUGGCUUGUGUGUGAGGUGUACAGCAGCAUACGUCAAUCUGCAGGUGGUUUAGCCGCGCUGUGGAAUACUAAUGUCUUAGAUAAGUGAGCAAGGUAGGCAUCAACAACAACAUCAAAAGAAUAUAAAAAUAGCAGAUCAGAAACCGGAGGUAAGGCAAUUUUUCUUCCAACCAGGAUUGAUUAGAUGACCUUUAUUUUUUUUAUUUUUUUAUCUUUAAAAAAAAAAAAAAAAAAAAAAAUUUUGGUGGGGGGGGGAAUGGAUCAGCUUAAUAUUGCAGAUAGAUUGUAUCUUCUAUCAAUGUAAUUGUCUGCAUCACUUCCAAUCCCCCAUGUUUAUUUUUAUUUUUUAUAUAUAUAUUCCCCUUUAUUACUUUUCAACCCCACCAUCCUUUCCCUACUUGGAGUAAAUUAGUGAACAACAAUGCCCAGGCCUCUACUUCCGGUCUAUACUUACUAUCUACACCUUAUGGACAGAGUUAAUUUUACAAUAAUUCUAUAUAUAUAUAUAUAUAUAUAUAUAUAUAUAUAUAUAUAUAUAUAUAUAUAUAUAUAUAUAUUUAUUUAUUUUUUUUUUUGCUCCUGAACUUCUUCUACUCUCAACCUCUCCGAUCAUUUUCAUGAUGUCCAUCCGGUUUGCUUCUAAAUGCCAUAUCUUUCUAACUGUGCUCUUUCCCAAAAGCUCCCAACAUACAACCUAUAUACUUAUUAUGGACACAGUAUGCUUACAUUAUUAGCUAUCUUUGUUAUUAUUUGUUGUUAUUUGUUAUUAGUCCCAUCCUUCAACUCUAUUCAAUACCUCCCAUCUAUCUCUUAACACCAUCCAUAUAGGAUUUCUAUUUGCCAUAUAUAUUUCAACCGUACUGUGAUGUUUUACAAAAGUUCUGAACCUUUCUAUUCUCAUUGCUUCUACAGAUUGUGAAUUAAAAAUAAACAUUUUUGCUAAAAGUAUUAUUAUAUUAUUGAUUGAUUGACUAUGACUUUUCAGAUCACCCAGUAAUGCUAUCUGCAAGGUUAGUUCCAGGUAAAUAUUGCAAUCCUUUAGCCAUUCCUGGACCUGUGUCCAAAAACAAGCUACAAAUGGACAGAACCAAAACAAAUGAUCUAAUGAUUCUAUCUCUUCACAGCAAAAUCUGCAGAGCUGGGAAGAUUGUAUCCCCCAUAUAAAUAACAUUCUAUUGGUAGCAAGAAUUUUAUAUAAUAAUUUAAAUUGAAAGAUUCUAAUUUUUGAAUCCGGUGUCGUUUUGCGUGUCAGUUCAUAAACACUAUGCCAUGGGAUCGGUACGUCAAAGAUCUCUUCCCAACUAUUUUGCAAUCUAUAUGGGACGGCUGUCAAUCCUUUGGUCCUUAAGUGAAACUGAUAUACUUUUUUAUUUAUCACAGUUUUCCUUAACCAAUUAUGUUCUUUAAUGCAAGGCCGACAGACAAGUUCCUUACUUUCUCCCCCUUCAACUUUCCUCUUCCACUUUUGCGGUAAGGCUGCAAUUAUUUGGUUGUAAUUUUGGGUAGAGCAGACAUUUCCAUAUGUUUUUGUUAGCUGCAUGUGCGACAUAACUCCACCAGUCCUACCGAUGAUAUCAUUUACGAAGAUUAUACCUUUUUUAAACAUUCUGUCAAAAAAUAAAGGUUUUUUGUCAAUUAGUAUAUUUGAAUUUAACCACAAUAUUUGUUGCAUUAUUUGUUCUGUCGUUUCUGGAGGAUUACAUUGAAAUUGCAACCAACUUUCUAUGGCUUGUUUUAGAAAUAGUGACAUUUGGGAGAUUAUUUCUUUUUCAAAUAACUGAAAGUGAGAGGUUGUAAUCUGAAUAAAGGGAAAAAGGCCUUUCUUGAACAGUGGGUGAGACAAUCUUACUAAUUUGCUUGAGAACCAGUUCGGAUUUAAGUAUAACUUUUGGAUGACUGAAGAUUUUAGUGAAAGGUCUAAUGCUUUAAUAUUUAAUAAUUUCUGUCCUCCGAAUUCAUAUUCAUUAUAUAAAUAUGCUCUUUUAAUUUUGUCUGGCUUGCCGUUCCAAAUAAAAUUGAAUAUUUUUUUCUCAUAUAAUUUAAAAAACUGUUUGCUAGGCGUAGGCAAGACCAUAAGCAAAUAGGUAAACUGGGAUAAUACUAAAGAGUUAAUCAGGGUGAUUUUUCCACAAAUUGACAGGUAUUUUCCUUUCCAUGGUAGUAAGAUCUUAUCUAUUUUUGCUAACUUUCUAUUAAAAUGUAUUGAAGUGAGAUCAUUUAUUUCCUUUGGGAUAUGUAUUCCGAGUAUAUCCACAUCACCAUCAGACCAUUUUAUUGGUAAACUACAUGGUAAUGUAAAAAUUGUAUUUUUUUGUGAUCCAAUACGUAAUAUAGUACAUUUGUCAUAAUUUGGUUUUAAUCCAGAGAGGUUAGAAAAUGUAUCUAGAUCCUCUAUGAGGCUGUGGAGGGAUUCUAGUUGUGGAUCUAAAAGAAAACAUGAAUCAUCUGCGUACAAUGACACCUUUGUUUUUAAGCCCUGUAUUUCUAAUCCUCUGAUAUUAUUAUUGGAUCUGAUUUUAAUAGCUAACAUCUCGAUGGCCACAAUAAAUAGAUAUGCCGAUAGUGGACAACCUUGUUUCACUCCUCUUGACAGUUUAAAACUUUCUGAGAAAUAGCCAUUAUUUACUAUUUUACACCUAGGGUUACUAUACAUGAUUUUGACCCAUUUUAUAAGAGAUUCUCCAAAAUUGAAAUGCUCCAGGCAUUUAUAUAUAAAUCCCAGUCGAACUUUAUCAAAUGCCUUUUCGAAGUCUGCUAUGAAUAGCAGGCCUGGUUUCCCAUAUUUUCCAUAGUGUUCUAUUGUUUCCAAUACUUGCCUUAUAUUAUCUCCAAUGUAUCUUCCAUGUAAAAAACCUGUCUGAUUAGAAUGAAUAAUAUCCGACAAUACCUUUUUAAUUCUAUGCGCUAUACAUUUUGCUAGGAUUUUUGCAUCACAACACUGAAGUGUAAGGGGCCUCCAAUUUUGUAAAUGGACUGGAUCUUUAUAUUUUCCACUUGUAUCCUGUUUCAGUAAUAAUGAGAUCAGACCUUCUUCUUGAGUGUCAGAUAAUCUACCAUUUACAUAGGAGUGGUUAAAACAUGCUAAUAACGGUCCUCUUAGUAUAUCAAAAAGGGUUUGGUAUACCUCGAUUGGUAUGCCAUCCAACCCUGGAGUUUUCCCGGACUUAAAGUCUUUAAUUGCAUCCAGAAGUUCCUCCUCUGUAAUUUCACCUUCACAUGAGUCUUUCUGUGUGGCUGUUAAUUUGACAUUAUCAAUAGAAAAAAAAUCUCUACAAUUAGCUUCAGUUAGAGGAGAUGGAGGCGACUGAAAAGAAAACAUAUGCUUAAAGUACUUUGUUUCUUCCUUCAAAAUAUCAUUAGGUGAAUUAUGGGUGACUCCGUCAAUUGUAACCAGUUUCAUUAAGUUCUUUUUGGUAGCAUUCCUAUGUUGAAGAUUAAAAAAGAAUUUUGUGCAUUUUUCCCCAUAUUCCAUCCAGUUUGCUUUAUUUUUAUAAUAUAUUACACUUGAUCUUUCUUGAAUAAGUUUUUCCAUUUCUUUUUGUUUUUCCUCUAAUUUAUUCUGAGCCUCUAUGUUACAGUUUUUAUUGCCAUCUAUCUGUUCUGUUAGACUUUCUAUUUCCUUUCUUAGUAUAAACUCUUUUGACCUAAAUUGCUUUUGUUUUCGAGAUGAGUACUGAAUUGCAUGGCCUCUAAAGGCACAUUUAAAGGUGUCCCAUACAAUAAGGGGAUUCGCUGUACCUAUGUUAUGUUGGAAAAAGUCAGUUAUAAAUUCCUUUGUUCUAAUUAUAAAUAAAUUAUCAUCCAAUAGGCUUUGAUUAAAUUUCCAAUAUCCUCGCCCACGUGGAAAUUCAGUCAGAGUAAUGUAUAUGCCUAUUAUAUGAUGGUCCGACCGCAUUCUGUCCCCUAUCAACACUUUUUUUACUUUUGGUGCCAACGAGAAUGAGAUAAGAAAGAAGUCAAGACGACUAGCUUGAUUCAGUCGCCGCCAUGUAUAUCUCACUAGAUCAGCAUAUUUAAGCCUCCAUAUAUCUACUAGUUCUAAUGUAUCCAUGACAUUCACAAUUUCCUUAAGAGCAUGUGGGUGAUUGUUUGUGGUGUGAUUUCCUUUUCGGUCCAUUGAGCUAUUUAAAACAGUAUUAUAAUCCCCCACCAUAAUAAUAUUGUCUUGAGUUGCUUGCAGGCUUGAUCAUUUAUUAUAUAUAUUGUCAAAGAAUUGUGGAUCAUCAUUAUUUGGUCCGUAAAGGUUAAUGAGCCAUAUCUGUUUAUGGUCCAAUACCAUAUUUAAAAUAAUCCAUCUACCUUGCGUAUCUAUUUGGACAAUUUGCACAUUCGGAUCGAAAUUACUAUUAAUUAAUAUCAUCACCCCUUUUGAAUUUCUUUGCCCAUGGGAGAAGUAUAUUUCCCCCCCCCAUUCUUUUUUCCACGCUACUUCAUCUCGAAUUGUUGAAUGAGUUUCCUGUAUACAAUAGAUAUUAUAUUCCUUCUCUUUGAGCCAUGUAAAUAUUGUUCUUCUUUUGUUAUUAUCAGCUAAGCCAUUACAAUUAUAACUGGCUAUACUUAUUUCACCAUACACCAUAAUGAGAUACAAGUUUCAAGUCUAUUUAUCAUUAUAUAUGUUUGUAAAUUUACCAAUAAAAAAUAGCGUAAUGAUUGAGUGUCCAUAUAGCUGUACCGUGAUAUUUGCAUUGCUACGGAGUAACCCUUCAAUUGUUCUCCACUAAUUCCCCCGCUAAAGCCCCUCCCCAUCCCAAGUUGAGCCGUCAUCCCAGUGAUCAGCAUCCCACCCACGUCCCUCCGUAUCCCUAAGGCCCCGAGAGGCCAGGACCCAUCCAUCGAAAACAGCACACAGUGCCACCCACAAAACAGAAGCAGGUUAACCGCCAAAAGCAUUUCCAAUGCUUUCACCUCUAUAUAUAUAUAUAUAUAUAUCUAUAUAACUAUUAUUAUUUUUUUAAUUAUGCAUAUCCUAUUUUCCAUCAUUAUCAAUUAAUAUGCGUAAUAAUGUCGGCAGUUCACGCAUAGGAUUCUAACAUAUAACCCGGAUUGCCAUUGUAUUACAUUUAAUUCAUUGACAAGCAAUUAUUAUCCUAGCAAAUAAUUCCUGCGGUCCAUCCCAUACCCCCCCCCCCCCCAACAUCCCCACCCCCCCACAACAGAUGCCAGACAAGCACACACGCACAUACUCACAUACUCCAACACACUCAACCCCCCUCCUCCACAAUCCACCAUAAAAUCCGAUACUCAACGGCUGUUAUAUCCCAGAUCCCAACUCGAGAAAUAACUUGAUCGACGUGUGCACAUACAGUUAAAGCUGAUUGAGAAAGCAUGCAGAUUGAGCAGAAAUUGAUAACAAUGUGAGAUUUGAUUAAUCUACUUAAUCUAUGUCAAGUCCUAGGUGAUGGAGAUCAGAUCCACCCUCUUCACCUGAGACACAAACACUCUGAUCCCCUGUUGUAACCAUUUUCCCAAGCAUCUCCAUGCGGUCAGACCUUUGAUUAUUUUGUGCCACCUGGGCCACAAUGAUAAACCCCCUCUCUGAUUGUCCGAGUGUGACCCCCUCCCCAUGGGUUACUGCAGCCAGUGUUGCCAGCACUGCCACUACCUGGGUGGGCGUACCCCACCGGAAUCCCCACCGGCUAGGUAAAAGGUCGUCAAGGUUCUCAUUAGCAGCUUUGAGAAUUUCCUUGUAUAUUAUGCUCUCCCAUCAGGGGGCUCUGGCUUUGUAGGACCAACCCUGCCAGGCAGGCUCAGAAUCUUGAGGGGGCGGUGCUGCUCAAGUAGGUCUCUGACCGCAUUUAUUUCUCUGUUUAGGCUGCAUAUUCACAGCAGGUCCAUAAAAUAGAUGGGAACUUCUCUUUGGUGUAUGGGUCGCUCAGGUGGGUGUCCAGGUUAUAGGGUUAGGGAUCUUUCCAUCAUGAUAGGACAAUGAAUAAUUAGAUUAGAUGUAUACUAUAUUUAAAAAUGUAUAUCCCUCAUCUACACAAAAUUGAAAGCUCUCUCUCUCACUACCCCUGUUCAUAGACCCCCGGUCGGCUCUGGGAUAUGCAACCAUUUCCCCUCUCACUCACUUAACGCCGCACCUUUUCAAACACAAAAAUGCACACCACAUGGUUGACUGCGGAAGAAACGGGCCGAGCGUGCAAACGCACCCGCAUCCACAUCUGCCGCAAGGGGGAAAGGACGCCAGAGAUGACCUUUUGUUUACCAUAAACUCAUCUACAUGUUUGCCUGCUGCAUACACAAGUAGACUAGGUGCCUGACAGAAGUUGUUGACUCCUGUGCGUCGAUUAAAAUAAAAAACCCUCUAACAACAUUUAGUCUUUAAAUUGCAAUAAACAAGCAUUUAUUGUGAUUAUGAUAGGGUACUGCAUUUAGAUGACCGUUAGUAAUAACAUGAUUAUGACAUUAACAUUCAAAGGUGCAAGGACUAUACUCUUACCAUUGUGAUUAGGGAUAUUGUUAUGAUUAAUAGUAGCACUUUGCACUUCUAUUCUCAUUAUGUAUUUUGAGUAUUAAAUGUCAAAUGUUACAAGUAGUUAGGGCUGGCACAAUUAUCGUAUAAUCGUGUAACAAACAAUUAUGGACAAUUAUGUACUUUGACAUUCAAGUAGAUAUUAGCAUUUUUGAAGUUUAACAUGAAGUGGGUACAUUUGGUAGUCAUUUUACGAGCAGAACGGCACGGUCGGGAGGAGAAGCUUCAUUUCCAAAAGUUCCAAGCGGUAAACAAACCAUUUGUUUUUGAGAUAGGGGUGUCACCAAUGCUGUGUUGUAUUUAUUAGGUAUGCAUUACAAGCUCAAAACAUUUUUCAACAAAAAUGACAAUUAUGACAAUAACUGUGUCCAUUUGCAUGACAAUUAAUCGUUACCAAAAUUCUAUAAUCGUCACAGCCCUAUUUAGACCCUAUCUUUUCUCCUCAUCUUCUCUCCAUCUUCCUCUCUCUCUCUCUCUCUCUCUCUCUCUCUCUCUCUCUCUCUCUCUCUCUCUCUCUCUCUCUCUCUCUCUCUCUCUCUCUCUCUCUCUCUCUCUCUCUCUCUCUCUCUCUCUCUCUCUCUCUCUCUCUCUCUCUCUCUCUCUCUCUCUCUCUCUCUUAUUCAUACAUCAGCAGAAGCAGGCACUAUUCAGAUAAAUCAAUUACAGGGGGGAGAUUGCUCAGCUCCCAAACAGGAUUGAUGGUGUAAUUAGUUUCUAUUUAAAGACUCAUAAACAGGUCAUUUUAUCUCAUCUAUCCUCCUGACCCCUUCUCAGAGUCUAGCCUUAUACAUAGUCAGGGCGCCAGAAUAUAACCCAUCUUUCCUUUCCUUUCCUUUCCACCCCCAAUGAAUCGGAUUUCCUGGCCUUUUGUCUUGUCUUGUCCUCUUAACAGUGGAAUCAAUACAUAUCUAAAUCCAUGACCUUCUCCUUCCUGGAAAAGUCAUUGUCCUACCAGUCCAUCUGCACAGAAGUGGACAGGAAAUAUAGACGCUUCUGUCUCUAUCUUUCGGUGUAAACUAUGCUCACUGACAGGGCUUCAGGCUAUGUAAUUCUCCUCAUCUGGCCCCCAUUACCUGAAUAUUUCCUAGUGUUGUGCGUGUGUGCACGUGAACUUGCGCACGUGUGUGUCUGGUUGCCUGGUGCUGCAGGCCCAGCUGCAACAUUGGGACAGAUGGAGGAUGUUUAGUUCCCAGUCAGUCAGUUAAAGAAGAAAAAACGUCUCCAUUAUAACGAUACCAUGUGCCUUUCACUGAUAUACAUUACAUCUAGAUAACACCUAAUAACAAAGAGUAGCUGGACAGUACAAACAGAAACAUAAUGUAAGAGGAAAUGGAUAGCUGAUGGUAGGAAAUGACAGACACUUUCUGUAUUCAUUAUUCAAGCUAUCCUGAUUUGUACUCAUUUUUUAUUGCCAUCUGUUAUUGCUUAUUCUUGUGUUUGUGUGGUUUCUCAGCUUAAUGGUUUCCUUCUCUCCUCUUCCCUGGUUGCCUAGGUGACCACCUGUCUGUCAGCAGCCCGGAUGGUCCGUUCAGUCUCCGCCUCCUGCGUGAGGUCACUCACCUCUACCUGUUAGCAGCCGGCACGGGGUUCACACCCAUGGCUCGGGUGAUCCGAUUGGCCCUCCAGGACCUGGGCUCACUCAGGUGAAAUACGCUGUCAUGGCUCCACCCAGAAACAACCCCUAGUAUAGCCCCUUCCCCCUAAGCACUUCAUGUAGAUAUGAAAGAAUUGGAUAGGUAUAAGCAGUAUGGAAAAUAUUCUGCCUAUCCUAUCAAUAUAUACUGCUAUAUUGUGGAUGAUCUCUUUCUUUCAGAGUAUUUCAUUGAUGCUUGUGACUGAAUAGAAACUGAAGGAGGCUAUACUCUGAUUUACUCCUGUGUUAUUGCAUGGCUGUCAUUGUUCUCUUUCUAAGGAUUUGUGUACAUUGUAAAGGGCACGUUGUUCUGACGGCAUUAGAUGUUUGUGUGUUCUAGGAAAACCAAGCUGAUGUUCUUCAACCGACAAGAAAGAGACAUCCUGUGGCACUCUGAACUUGACAGCCUCGCUGCUAAAGAUGAGAGGUGUGUGUGUGUGCGGUUGCACUGUGUGUUCGUAUUGAGGGUGGUCAUUAUGAGGCUGGCUGCGUUAGAUGUCAGUAAGACUGACCCUCUGUGGUGAAUCUGAUCAUUAGCGCGUGUGUGUGUGUGUGUGUGUGUGUGUGUGUGUGUGUUCUUGCCCGCUCCAGAUGUCUAUGAUUGCAUGUCUUCAUGGUGUGUGAAUACUCCCCAACAUAACCUUUGAUCACAUCAUUACCAUAUUGACUACAUUACCUGUGAAGCAGCAUUAACACAUGCAUGGACUGUACAUCUAGUCUUGCCGCUAGGCAGAGAAUGUUCUCUCUCUUGAUCUCUAUGGUUACUCAGAGUGUACAGUAUGUUCUGAUGACCCAUCUGUCAAUUCGUAAGGCAGAAGAUGCAUUUUCGUUUCUUACAUUCUAUGGUUCCAGGUGGAGGAGGUUCUGUCAGAGCCGUGUGAUAGGUUCUAUUCUGCUCUAUUCUAUGGUUCCAGGUUCCAGGUGGAGUAUGUUCUGUCAGAACCAUGCGAUAGGUUCUAUUCUGCUCUAUUCUAUGGUUCCGGGUUUCAGGUGGAGUAUGUUCUGUCAGAACUGUGUGAUAGGUUCUUUUUUGCUCUAUUCUAUGGUUCCAGAUGGAGUAUGUUCUGUCAGAACUGUGUGAUAGGUUCUAUUCUGCUCUAUUCUAUGGUUCCAGGUGGAGGAUGUUCUGUCAGAACUGUGUGAUAGGUUCUAUUCUGCUCUAUUCUAUGGUUCCAGGUUUCAGGUGGAGUAUGUUCUGUCAGAACCAUGCGAUAGGUUCUUUUCUGCUCUAUUCUAUGGUUCCAGGUGGAGUAUGUUCUGUCAGAACUGUGUGAUAGGUUCUUUUCUGCUCUAUUCUAUGGUUCCAGGUGGAGUAUGUUCUGUCAGAGCCGUGUGAUAGGUUCUAUUCUGCUCUAUUCUAUGGUUCCAGGUGGAGGAUGUUCUGUCAGAACUGUGUGAUCGGUUCUAUUCUGCUCUAUUCUAUGGUUCCAGGUUUCAGGUGGAGUAUGUUCUGUCAGAACCAUGCGAUAGGUUCUUUUCUGCUCUAUUCUAUGGUUCCAGGUGGAGUAUGUUCUGUCAGAACUGUGUGAUAGGUUCUAUUCUGCUUUAUUCUAUGGUUCCAGGUUCCAGGUGUAGUAUGUUCUGUCAGAGCCGUGUGAUAGGUUCUAUUCUGCUCUAUUCUAUGGUUCCAGGUUCCAGGUGGAGUAUGUUCUGUCAGAGCCAUGUGAUGGGUGGACAGGCAGGAAGGGGCGAGUUGAGGCCUCCAUGCUGACUGACUUCCUGGUUAGGCCUGAGGGCUCAAAGGUCUUUGUGUGUGUGUGUGGCCCCUCAGCCUUCACCGAGCUGACUGUGGGGUGAGUGACACUCCACACCCCUAUACACACUCCAGUUAGGCAUUUACAUUUCUAAAUGUAGAACCCAUGCAGUAUGUUUUUAUGUUAAUGUUGAUGUAGUAGAUUCAAACCAUUUCAGGUUAUGCAGUGCAAGGAAGUUAACUUGUAUAACAUUGGUUAACUUUGGAUUACUUUUCCCACCUUUAGGCUUUGUCUGAGUCCCCCUCUCACCUCUCUCAAUCUCCCUCCUCUCUUUCUCAGGUUGGUGAGACAGUAUUGUUUCAGUGACGAGGAGAUUCAUGCGUUCCAGGGCUGAUUAUGGAGUGUCAGACCUGACAUAUCUCAACCUCACAGCCUGAGGUGUCAACGGGACAUUGUGUGAGAGCGACGUGUGUGUGUGAGAGAGAGAAGACACAGGGUUUGAGAGAGUGUGUGAGAGAAAAUAGAUGUUGUUAGGCCACCGGCCAAUGUGUUUUUUGGAACAAUGUCUUUCUAUGCACUGUAGACUGAACUGAUGGACCUGACUCCUGUGGUUAGCAGCGAUGCCAGAGACCCACAGAGGCUCUUUGAGGCUGGAAGGAAAGCAGCUCUGUCUCUCUCUCUGUCUCUGUCUCUCGCUCUCUGUGUGUGUGUCUGCCUCACUCUCUCUGUCUCUCUCUCUGGUGCUUUGAAACACAGAUGGACAGUCAUUCUCUCUGGUCGCUAAGGACGUGACCGCUGGGCUCUCUGAGCUGGUGAAUGACACACAAAGGAUGAAUGGCCAAUUACCCAGCAGCACUGAAACCUCAGGUCAACAUCUUCAGCUCACUGUCUGUCUCUCUCUGUACCAGAGUUCUUUGAACAGUCCGGUCCUUGUACACUCCUCUGCUCUGACCACAGAGAGAGAGGUCUGGGGUUGUUUAUGAGACGUCACUACCAUGUCUUACAACAUCUCAAUCUAUCUCCCAGUCCACUCACACCCGCUACAUUGUGAUGUUAUCUUUGCUGUCGGUCCUCCCAAAAAGCAGGACUUUGUGAGCGUUUCAUUAGCUCUGAUCAUUACAUCUUCCUUUUGUUUAAGAAGUAAUGAGAAUUUCCAACCUGCUGUUGGCAUAUUAGACAUCCUUCCUACAGAGAGUUAUUAUUCUUCAGCUAGUUGCUAUGGCUGUGCUGCUGCUGUUGCCUCUGGUCUGUUCUGGUCUGUUCUGCAGCCUGUGGUUCUGUUUGAGAGAGACUGAUGGUUAAGCAGACCAGUCUUCAGAAUCAGUACAUUUACUCUCUUUUUCUUUCUCUCUCUCACAGGUUGAUGUUGUAGUACUCACAGUAGGUGAUGCAUACCAAUGGGAAUACAUUACGCAAUACAUUACACACCUACGUAAAUGUAUUUAAUUAAUUAAAUUAUAUUUGUAUUAAAUGUAUUUAUUUAAUUAAUUCAUGAAUACCUAAAGCCCACAGUGAUCUGAUUUAAGUGCUUGGCGUUUGAUGCAGUUAAAUUAUUCUAAAAUGCGUCAGAGAACCCUUUAUUCUCUCUCACUCUUGUGAAAUACAUGAGGUUGGUAAGACACCAACUAGAUGUGCUGCUAAGUAAUGCAGCUCACAAUCAUCCAGUUUUUUUCCUUGUGGAACAUCAAACUGCCAGACAGAACUAUGUCAAUCCUGCAGAGUUUGUCUAAGCUAUGAGUGCUCACUCUGGUAAGAUGUAGCUCAUCUAUUAACCUAAUGAGAGAGGCUCUUAUCUGGAUGUUUCCAGCUGCAGUCAGUCCAUCUGCCUCUUUACAUGUAUCCUUUCAGACAUCAUUACUGAAUCAAUCUGGGUGAAAAUGGAACGAAAUGUCCAUGAAAUUCAAGUUGUGUUUUCAUGAAGUCUAGGAGAUGUCGUUUGGAGGAAGAGUAUUUUAUAUUGGACAUUGGUAUAUAGAAAGGAUGUCCAUGCGAUCUUCGCCUUUUUACAAUUAUGUCUCUAAUUUGUACUCUGUAGGAAGGUGGAAGGUACCAUUUAUAAACCUUACCCUGCGUGGUAUUUACUUUUUAAUAACAUGAAAGUACAUCAUGUCAUGGUACAUUUGUUCCUUUUUCACACAAAAUGAAUUGCAGCAUUUCUUACCACUGAACAUAAGUAUUUCAAAGAUCACACCUGUCAACGUAACACACAUGGCCAUGCUACGUGCAAUACUAUAACAGUUACACUUCUAUGGAUGAAGACUACUUGAUGAAAGUACCAGUUUAUUUUUGACAGGCGAAACAAUGACUGAAAUGUCUUGGGUUCUGGUUAUAAAGAAAUACAGGAGCUGAUUAUUUAGAUUGAGCUUCACUUGGUUUUGUAGCUCAUCUAAUCUUGAUCUAACCAGAUAUAUUUUAAUGCAUAUCCAGCUUUGUACAUCAUGCACAUUAUAACUUAACAUGUCAAUCAUAUGAGCUGUCCUGAAGCAAAUUAAAAGAUGCACUAAACGUUUUUGUUGUGUUA